GUUGAGCCAGAACCAAAUGUCCUUAUUCAAAAUUCGGCAGUUUUGGUCUACGACCAGCGAAGAUGAUGAAUACUUUGAUCAUAAUUCUCUAUUAGUGGCCAAAAUCAAUUCCGACUUUGAUUACGUGGUAACUGGCAGUCAAAGUGGAGUGCUAAGGAUUUUUUGUCCGAAUUGUGAAGUGAGCGAAAAUGGUACGUAUGCAGGAUUUAAUCCCAAUGAUGUUAUUGUGGAGAAAAUCCUGGAUCAUCCCAUACUGCAAGUGGGAAGUGGCCGACUAGUUUCGGGAAAUUCGGCUACUCAAUUAGCCGUGCUUCAUCCUAAAGAGUUACUAGUUUUUUCCUUAAUACUCAAACCUGGUAAAACUCAACAUGGGAACCAAAGUUAUCUGCAAUUAGUGUACGAACACAAACUGCGGAAAUCAUCCGCCAAUUUUGUCAUUGGACCUUUUGGCGAAUCCCAGAAUCGGGACUUUGUAUGUGUUCAAUCCUUGGAUGGAAUUCUCAGUUUUUUCGAACAAGAAAGCCAAAUUUCGUAUGUGGCUUUGCCAGAUUUUUUACUACCCGGACCUCUGGGCUAUGUUAUAAAGACUGACAGUUUUGUAACGGUUUCUUCAAGCUGGGAAAUUGUUUCUUAUAGAUAUAAAACACUUGCGGAAGUAGCUGAAGAAUCCGGCGACCCAAUUCACUUGAAACAGAAAAUAUCCACCGAAUGGGCAUAUAAUUUUGGGGAAUCGGUAAUCGAUCUGCAAGUCAUAAGCGAUGUAAUUAAUAAAGAGGUCUGGAUAGUGGUAUUGGGGGAGAAAAACCUGUUGUGUCUCAGUGAAAACGGCCGACUAAAAUGUAUGAAAAAAUUGGACUACUCUCCAAUUUGCAUGGAGACUUACGUAAUAGAUACCAAUUUAUUUACUUUAGUCACCGCCGAAACCAAUAUGCUAUUGGUUUAUGAAAAUACGAUGCUAAAAUGGUCAGCGCAUCUGGACUUUUUGCCAACAGCCAUUCAUCGAGCAUUUUUGAAAGGAAUUAGAGGCACUUUGGUACUGUUGAGCGAUGAGGGCCGUUUAGAAUGCUGUUAUUUGGGAACGGAGCCGAGUUUUUUUGUUGCACCUCCAGUUAGUGUUCCGGAAAUUGACUUUGAAAAAGCGGAACACGAAUUACUAGCUUUAGAAACCGUCAUUUCCAAAUCAAAUAAUAACGAUGCAACAAUCCAAAAUAACAUCGAAAAAGACCUGGAUGUAACCAUUGCAGUGGAUUCAGAAAUCGUAGUCUGCACAUUUCAGCAUAACAUUAAAAAUGCGGCCAGCAACUACAUGUGCGGCCUCAAAAUUACCAUUGUGCCUCAGGCGUCGUUUCAAGAAGUGCAAGUAACAAUUUUGGUCCAACGUCCAUUGAAAGUGGUGCCCAGUAUACACUUUUUUAGCAAUUUAUGCGAAACCGCCCGGGUUUGCAGCCAUGCGUUUCUAGAUGAAGCGCAAGAUGUGCCUUCUUUAAUUGUAGAAGUCAAAGUUUCUGUGAUCAAUACUUUUGGAGUUCCUCGAGCUUUAACUCGGUUCACUCUGCUGCCCAGUAGCUUAAUUUUAGAGGCUGCUGGUGCCGAAAAGGAGAAUAAGCAUAAAAUCACUCUGACCACCGAUCAACCUCCUAGGGCGUUAGCUAGUUUAUUUGAAGAAUACUGUGAUAGUCAGGCAUCGCCCAAUGCCAUAGGGUUUAAAGGGGCCUCUGGGAACAGAGCCACAAUUCUCGUUGCAAAACAUUCAGAGAAAUACCGUUUGCAAUCCGAUACCGUAACCAUGCUGCCCGUUUUGAUCGAACUUCUUCUAGCUCGUUUAAAAAAGAACUGUGGGCCAGACUGCAAGGUUUUUUUCAGUUCACCUUUACCGGCCAGUGACAUCUUCAAUUACGCUAACGAGCACUUUAUUGCAAAGAGUCGAGUGAAAGAAUUACAGGAAAAUUUGUGCCAGCUAACGGCUCAGUUUCGAUUGAUUCAAAAGCGCCUUAUCGCCAAAUAUAGAGCUAAAAACCCGAUCUCCUUAAAGCCUUUAGAGCUCUUGCUAGGAGACACUUACACAGAUAUAUCGGAAAUUACCGACAAAUUGGAAUGCGAGCUGGAGAAUCUGGCGAAAGCUCAAAGCGAUUUGGCUUGCGCCUUAUAUUUGGCAAAACAGUUGAUCGAUUUACUUCACGUUGAUAAGGAUUUGAUGAGCAUGAUUAGUUCGCUGUUUUGCACCAAUGUGAAGGAUUUAGAUAUACAGGCUUGGGAGGAUGUUAUGGAUGCUUCGUUCUGCUAUUUGCUCAGAACUCUGCUGGCUAAAACAGAAAAAGAUCGGUUGAGAGCUCCACACACUAGUUUCGAUGAAGUGAAAGAUUUGGCGAAGUUUGAGAAGCAUUUGGGGCAGGUUUUGGAAAGAUUGCCAAAACAGCAUGCACUGAAGGAAGAUGAUGAUGUUUUUGAUAAAGAUGAGUCUCAGAAACCUGAUUCUGACCAAUCAGAAGAGGUAAAAGCUGGAAAACCAAUUGGAAGUCAGUAUGGAGAAUUUAGUUCAAGGUUGCUUUCUGCAAGGAAAAGUCUUAGGAUGCAUAAACCCAACCAGGGUCAAAAUAGUGCAGACCCAAAUGAGCCUAUCACAUAAUUUCUUGUAAUUAAUAGUUGAUGUUUUAACCACUAAUGGUGUGCGCAUUUGGUUAAUUAGAAUUUAUUACGGUCAUUA